AGGUCACGUAAAAAUCCAGGCUAAAUUUCGCCUAUAAAAGCGGGGCUUUCUGGUCGGUAAAUCAUAGUUUGAUUGAUUACCCCAAAGCAACAAAACUAAGCCACUCACCAUGAAGUACCUGAUCGUCUGUGUUACCCUCGCCCUGUUCGCCUACAUCAACGCCAGCCCAGUGUACGGCAACCGAGGAGGAUAUGGUGGCGGCUAUGGUGGCAUCCAGCGCGUCGUCUACGAGGAGGUGCCUUCCUACGGACGCAGCCACGGUGGCUACGACAGCUAUCCCCGCAGCCUGCGAUCGGAGGGCAAUGGAGGCAGUGCCGCCGCUGCCGCCGCCGCCUCCGCCGCUGCCGUGAAUCCCGGCAGCUACCGCCAGUUCGCCGUUCCCUCCUGGGAGAUCGACGGUGGCCGCGGCCAUGAGUACGGACACGGUGGCUACGGACGCGGCUACUAAUUUCCGCUCCCUCCCGCCAGCGAAUCGAACUAUCGACUCCUUGUUCAAAUCCUCGAGUGGCUGUCACAGCGAAACUCUGAGAAUCGGCUAAUAAAAACGAUCUGAACGCAAUGGAAAAUAUCGAACAAAAA